AUGAAGCUCAUGCUUUCAAAUUGGACAGGCAAAACUCUCAACGUCGCUGGUUGGAAUCGGUGGACAGAGGAGGACAACCUCCAGAUGACUGAGCUGCCAUCCGGGCUGAAAUAUGCCGAUGUGCGUGUGGGCACGGGCGACAACCCAAAGCCUGGCACCAAGGUCACCAUCGACUACGUCAUGAUGACCACCGGCGCGCGCUAUGGAAACAAGAUUGACUCGACGAAGGACCGCGAGGCGCCGUAUAGCUUCGUCCUGGGCGACGCCUCGAUCAUCCAGGGCUUAUCGGAGGCGGUCUCCACCAUGCGCGAAGGCGGCAUCCGACGCAUCGUCAUCCCACAAAGCCUGGGCUUCACCGAUGGGUCAAAGCAACCCGUCCCACCCAACUUCGCAGAGUUCCAACGUUUUCGGAAUAUUUAUCUUAAUCCCAACCGUGUCUAUCAGCCGGAUCUCGUGAUGGACGUGAAAUUGUUUACGUUUUCCAAGUGA